GCCACCAUGUCUUCAUUCUUCGGCCUAGGAAAGACUCGCACGUUCAAGCCCCGCAGAGAUGUGCCGGAGGGUACGAAGCAGUACCAACUGAGGAAGUACGCGGAGGCCACUCUGGGCUCGGGAAACUUGCGGUUAGCCGUGAAGCUGCCUGAUGGCGAGGAUCUUAACGAGUGGUUAGCUGUUCACGCCGUUGAUUUUUUUAACCACCUGAACAUGCUGUACGGCACUGUGACCGAGUUCUGCACACCACAAGAGUGCCCUAUAAUGUCCGCUGGCCCGCGGUACGAAUAUCUUUGGGAAGACGGUGUCAAGUUCAAACGGCCAACCAAACUUCCUGCCCCAGAAUACGUCGACGCACUCAUGAACUGGGCUCAAAGUAUCCUCGAUGACGAGUCUACCUUCCCGAACAAAAUUGGGGUCCCUUUUCCAAGAAACUUCAGGGACACUGUCAGAACGAUUGUGAGGAGGUUAUUCAGGGUUUAUGCCCAUAUAUAUAGCAAUCAUUUCGAUCAAAUUUGUGCUUUGGGCAUUGAAGCACAUCUGAAUACAAGCUAUCGUCACUUCUUCCUCUUCAUCAAUGAGUUCGAUCUCGUAGAUAAGAAAGAGCUCGCACCACUCGACGAAUUGAACCAGGCGAUUCUUGACGAGGAGAAGGGUCGGUGACCGUCUCGUCCUCGGUCUUUCCUCUUCGUUCCUCUCGCCACCUUUUUGGAAAUCUCUUUCCCUCAUCGCAUUCGCCGUUCAACGUUCAGGUCUCGCAUUAAACCCCUGUUUACGCCACUCAUAUCAGGGGUGCAAACUUUUUCCCUCUCGCAUGACACGAAACCCAGAUGUACAACCAUUGUACAUUACAAGGACGAUACCCGGCCGUUCGUCGGAACUGAUACGCCACUCGAUCCCUUUCAAUCCGCUGUGCUUUCGAAUCAUCUAUUUUCCAUACGAACAUGACGAAAUGCAAUCUUUUCG